AUGACCAGCGAUGCGGCAGCGGCAGCUGCCCUUGCGGCGCAAAACCACAUGAGCUUUCGACGUCAACGAGCGUCAAGGGCAUGCGAGACAUGUCAUGCACGAAAAGUUCGUUGCGAUGCUGCCAGCCUUGGCGUGCCAUGCACAAAUUGUGUUGCAUUUCAGAUUGAAUGCAAGAUACCACAGCCCAAGCGCAAGAAGACGCAGGCAAAUGCACAGAAGGACUCCGAUAGUGAACGCGGAGAUGUGGCCGACGAAGCACAAGCACAGGCGCUCCCGCCACAGCAGAUACAACAGCCAGCGCUGCCAGCCCAACAAACGCCACCUGCCGGGUCCAGCAAUACCUUUCAAGCCAGGCCAGUUGUAUAUCACACGGCAGAAGGCACACCUGCCACAGCCCUGACAGAUGCUCAGGCUCGUAAAGAAGAGGUCGACAAUGACACUUUUGUCAACCUGCCAAAGUUCACGCGGGCGCCCAUCACCGAGGCUGGUCGGGUGGCAUUCUUGGGCGAAUCUUCCAACAUGACCUUGUUGGUCAACGAUCGUUUGGGCACUUCCGACGUCGUUCACUAUCCAUUGCCGGAAAAUGUCCGUGGGUCGAGAGCGCGGCUCACAGAGCUUGACAACAUCGAGAUCGAUAUCCUGCAUCAGCGGGGAGCGUUUUUGCUACCACCACGGGCGCUUUGUGAUGAGCUGAUAGAUGCAUACUUCAAAUGGGUCCAUCCUAUCGUACCCGUCAUCAACAAAAGCCGCUUCAUGCGACAAUAUCGCGAUCCCAAAAACCCCCCCUCACUGCUGCUCUUGCAAGCUGUGUUGCUAGCAGGCUCCAGAGUCUGCACAAACCCUCAGUUGAUGGACGCUACUGGUUCGACCACGCCCGCAGCUCUUACCUUCUACAAGAGGGCAAAAGCGCUGUACGAUGCUAGCUACGAGGACGACCGUAUCACCAUUGUGCAAUCUGUGCUCCUGAUGGGCUGGUACUGGGAGGGUCCGGAGGACGUGACAAAGAACGUCUUCUACUGGACGAGAGUGGCUACUAUCGUUGCGCAGGGCUCGGGAAUGCACCGGAGUGUUGAGAACUCGCAACUGAGCAAGGCGGACAAGCGACUAUGGAAGCGAGUGUGGUGGACGUUGUUUACACGUGACCGUUCGGUUGCAGUGGCACUUGGGCGGCCAUGCAACAUCAACUUGGACGACUCUGACGUCGAAAUGAUUACUGAAGACGACUUCAUCGAAGACGAGCCUGAUCAUGCCAGCGGCUUUGCCCCGGAUCCGGUCCACGUCCAAUUCUUCUUACAAUACGUCAAGCUUUGCGAGAUCAUGGGUUUGGUGCUGUCGCAGCAGUAUUCCGUGGCUUCCAAAGGACGGCGACAGAACGCUAUUGAUCUCACCCAUAGCGACAUGGCGCUUGCGGACUGGCUGCAAAACUGUCCGAAGAUCGUCUACUGGGAGAUGCCACGGCACCAUUUCUGGAGUGCCUUGCUGCAUGCAAACUAUUACACCACACUCUGUCUGCUUCACAGGGCACACAUGCCCCCGAGCAGUGGAGGUUCUUCGAGUCGGAGCUUUGAUGAGGCUUCCUAUCCUUCUCGGAACAUCGCAUUCCAGGCUGCGGGAAUGGUCACGUCUCUGAUUGAGCAUCUCUGUGCCCAUGAUCAGCUACGAUACUGCCCAGCAUUCAUUGUUUACAGCUUGUUCUCGGCAUUGAUCAUGCACGUCUAUCAGAUGCGGUCCCCUGUUCCGUCUAUCCAGCAGGUCACGCAAGAACGAAUUCGGAUAUGCAUGGAUGCGCUGCGGGAAGUAUCUCGAGUGUGGCUGGUCGGGAAGAUGGUCUACACCUUGUUUGAGUCCAUCCUUGGAAACAAGGUCCUCGAGGAGCGUCUUCAAAAAGCGGCGGGAAAGCACCACAAGCGGAAUCAACAGAGCUUUGCGCAAGCGGAUGCCACACACCAAACGCGGCAGGAAGCAGCAAAGCGGAAAUAUGACGAGAUGGCCAUUGACUUUAGUGUCACAACUCCCACACAUCAGGAGUCGUACGAGAGAUCACGCCCGCAGACUCCAAGGGGCGAGCCGCAACACAUGGGACCACCUUUGCAAUCUCCGCACACGAAGCCCGGAGAUGCUUUCAUGGGAGGCACAAACAGUCGACCUCAUACAAGGCCCGCGACCCCCUUUAAUCCUUCGUUCUCGGUUCCUGCCACACCGCCAGACCUGUACCUGGUUACCCGUAACUCACCAAACUUAUCGCAGUCAACCUGGGAGAACUUCCAGCCGGACCAGCUGUUUCCAGAGAGCUCGCACAUUCCCCUGCCACAAGGAGGACCUUCCGGUAUGGAUGCCAACUUUGUCCCAUCGAUACAGCCUGGUAUGUCUUCGCCACAAGAACGGCCGAACCACUUCGGACAGUUCCAAGGAGCCGGCCACAGCAAGUCGAUGACCACACCACAGGCCGCAGCUAACCUCUCGAUUCACCCAGGGUUUGGUGGCUUCUCCCACACGCAGCAGGCAUCUGGUCAAAACGGAAAUGGACAGAAUGGUAACGGCGCCAGCGCUUGGAAGAACAGCAGUGGUGAUUUCCAUCCGGACGGACAGAGUCCUAGUGACAGCUGGAGCACCGGAUCUGCGAGUGGCCAGCCGGCACCCUCCACUCUGAACGUGGAAGAUUGGUUUCAAUUCUUCGGCAUCAAUGGGAACGACAUCAAUCUAGCAAAUUUGGAUAUACCCAUGUAA